GUGUGGUUGAUAGGUGGUGGGGUCGAGUCCUUGGUUGCUGCCUCUUGUCUGAUAAAUGAGGCCAAGAUCCCCGGCAAUCGAAUCCGUAUCCUCGACUCAAGGGGUCAGCCACAGCCUACUGGCACUAUCCGAAAUAACAAGUCGACACGCAAGCGGUUGAUCACGUCUAGUACGAGUCACUGCCAGGAGCUGCCAUGCGCAUCAGCCCAAGGACCGCAUCAGCCUCAACCCCUCGACGUACCCACCUUCCACCAUGACGAAUCCCCUGCGACAUGCACCCGAGACCGCACCGAGGCCUUCAUGGCAGAGCCGAUCCAUUUCCUCGGUCAUCUCGGCCGCAAACAGGUCUGGCGCAAGAACCGCAAGGACAUCCUCCGCUUCCUCCUGCAGGACGAGGAAGCAUACGAAGGGCUGAGCAUUCAGCUGGUGUUCGAUGAGUCCUUCUUCGACACCUACUUCUGGAGGCUAUUCUCAUCAAGUUUCGGCCUACGCCCAUCGCACUCCGCCGUCGAGUUCCAUCGCUACAUCAGCAAAUACCUGGACGAGGUCAUCGGCAACAGCAUCCAGAUCGCUGACCCACUGCAACUCUCCCUGCGGAAGACCGUCCUCCAGCCGCUGCGAGCCUACCUUCGCAACCAAGGGGUCGAGUUUCACAACCUCCACGUCACCGACAUCCACUUCCACCCGGACCACUAUCCUCAAACCGCCAGCGGGAUCCAAGCGAUUGACCCCUGCGGACAUCCUAUGGUCUUGCCUGUACGCGCAGAGGACAUCCUCAUCGUGACCCUCGGCUCCGCUGCAUCAGGCAUCGCGACCGGCACCCGCGCCAGCCCUCCGCCCGCCCUCUCCACCAGCACGCAAAGCCUCCUCGACGACCCCAGCUGGGCGCUGUGGGUUGCCCUCGCCAAGAAAUCCUCGCAGUGCGGCAACCCGGCCUCUUUCUGCACCCAUCUCCCGGAAUCCCGCCUGGGGAUGUUCGUCAUCCACCUGCCGCAAGCCGAGUUCAACGCCCUCCACCACCGCGUCCUGGGCACCCAUCCCGCCGUCGAUGCCACCAUCGCAGAGAGCAACUGGUCAUUGAAGCUCGUCUUUCCCCAGCAGGCGCAGCAAGAGCACGAUGGAUCCCUCCGCUCCAUUUUAGGCUAUGGCUUCACGCCGGACGCACCGGGCCACCACAUCCACAAACCCAUGCCCGCAUGCAGCGGCGACGAGAUCCUCGCCGAGCUCCUCAGCAGCCUCAACAUCCCGCCCGCGCAGAUCAUCCCCAAGGCCAGGACGGUGCCUUACGUCCUCCCGCUGGGAUUGUCGCCGCUCCUCAAACGCGACCCCGGCGAUCGGCCGGAUAUCACCCCCUCGGAUCUGGGCAAUCUGGCGCUAGUGGGCCAGUACGUGGAGAUCCCCGAGGAGACGGCGCUGAUGACCGAGUACAGUGUGCGGUCGGCGCAGCUGGCGGUGCAGCGGCUGAUGGGG